AUGAAAGUGGAAGACAGGGCCUUAUGCUUAGUUCAUCUGCUGAAGACUUGUGCUAGCUAUACAGAAGAUGGUGAGUUCAAGAAGGCAGGUUCUAGACUCGAGUGCAUUGCUACUGUUGCUGCAGCUGAUGGUGAUCUGAUGCAGAGGCUAGCUACUUAUUUUCUUGACGGGCUUUCUUACAGGUUGGUCAAGAAUAUUCAUGGUGUGCCUGAAGCUCUAAGUCUGCUGUCAAUUCCCUUUUCAACGUUACUACAGCAAUAUGCCAGGAAGUUGUUCUUUGAGUUCUGUCCAUUCUUGAAGUUCUCUCAUAUGAUCACAAAUCAAGCUAUUGUUGAAGCCAUGGGGGGAGAUCAAGUGGUUCAUAUCAUUGAUCUUAAUGCCUGUGAUGCUGCACAAUGGAUAUGUCUUCUUUAUGGUUUGAAAGAAAAAUGGCAAGGAAUUGCAGUACCUUAUGUGAAGAUUACUGGGAUUCAUGAGAAUAAAGGGGUUUUGGAGCAAACGGGGAUUCAAUUGAUUCAAGAAGCUGAGAAAAUGGGCAUCCCCUUGAACUUCUAUCCCAUUGAGAGCCAAUUGGAGAAACUUUGCUUUGAGAAUUUGCCUGUCAAACCAGGAGAGCCCCUUGCUAUAAGUUCUGUUCUUCAGCUACAUUCUCUUCUGGCAGUUGAUGAUCAAAUCAGUCCUGAUUCAGUCUUGCCACCCAAUCCUUCACAGUUCGAUUCGCCUAAGAUGAGUUGGUUUCUGAAUAACCUUUGGAAACUCAAACCUAGGUUAAUGGUCAUUACAGAACAAGAAUCAGAUAAUAAUGCGCCUUCAUUGACAGAAAGGCUUGAUAAAACACUGAACUUCUAUGCUGCACUGUUUGAUUGCUUGGAAGCUAAUGUUCCAAAAGAAAGAGCAAUAGAGAGAAUCAUGGUGGAGAGGAUGCUUCUUGGGGAGGAGAUAAAGAACAUUAUAUCUUGUGAUGGAGUUGACAGAAAAGAGAGGCAUGGCAAGUUUUAUAAGACAUGGCAUCCCUGGCUUGAAUUGGCUGGAUUUAAGAGGGUUCCAUUUCACUAUGAAAGAAUGUUGCAGAUAACAAGGCCAUUGCAGAGCUAUGGGCGCGGAUACAAGUUACUGGCAGACUCCAAUAAUCAAUGCCUGUUUACAUGUUGGAAUGAUCUUCCACUCUAUUCUAUAUCAGCCUGGAAGUUCUAA